UACUACCUUCGGGAAGUAGAUGCAAGAGCCUUUGUAAAGGCUAAGAGCGAAGACGUCGAGGAACAAGGAAGGAAGCCGCCGAAGAACUCCCGAAGCGACUUCCAGACUUCUCGAAGAUGGGGAAAAGCCAGAAGAAGACUGAAAAAGUGACUGAUGAGACGAAGGAGACCGAAGAGAUGAUGAGGAAGAACCCUGCCCCAGCCACUUCCUCCGAGGUCCCCGAGAAUGUCUCCGCCUCAACCUCCACCUCCAUCCCGGCCGGCGCCAGCCAACCGAGACCAGCGAAGCCGAAAUUUCCUGCAGACGGGCUGCCAACCUUGGAGCCCUGGAUGAAGCAGACGGUCGUGCUGCAGCUGAAAGAGGUGAACGGAAGAGUCCCUGACAUGACCUCGGAGAUCUUCGGAAAGAAGAUGAUCCUGGAGCAGGGCUUCAGCAAAGCGGAGACGCUUUCGGUGCAGUCCUUCGCAAGAGGGAUCUUCUACAUCACUUUCGGGUCUUUCCAAGUCUGCAGACGAUACUGGGAGAUGGUGAAGACCAGUGGCCCUGAAUCCCCUUUUCGGAAGUUCGUUGCGAACUGCCCUAUAACACAGGACGAGAAGUGGGUGACGGUGGCCAUGCGGAAUCCCCAUACCCAAAGCAGAGACAUAACCACCUACCUACAGAGGUUUUGCACCGUGGUAAAGGACCCAGUCCGAAUCCUUGAUGUCAACGGCUUCUGGAUUGGGAAGUGGUCUGUGCUAUGCAAGCUCAGGAAAGACCGUUCGGGGGACUUACAGCACCUGCAGGCGUGCUUCUCGCUAGGAUCAUCUGCAGGACACCUUUUCUACUCCGGGAUACCCUACAACUGCAACAGAUGUGGCCGUCCCGGACACAUGGGAAAGGAGUGUACAGAACUUGCUUGCAAGAUCUGUCGGGUUACAGGCCACGAGACCAAGGACUGUCCUAGGCCCAAAGCCUGCAACCUCUGCGGAUUGCCAGAGCACACCUUCAGGCACUGCCCCCAAAGGACCCGGACCUAUGCUGGAGCCCUGAUCCAGGGUAAACCAGCCUCCAGCUCUGGGAAGAAGCCGACCGAAAGCAAACCAAAAGAGCCUCGGAAGGCCACAGAGCUAUUCGCCCAAAGCAUCAGACGGAACCCAGAGAUCAGAGGGAUUACCGCACCAGGACCGGAAAGACGGGAGGUCAAGUGCUCGCUCUACAUGGAUGACGUGACGGUGUUCUGUGCCGACCAGCGCUCCAUCGACACACUCGUCCAGACGUGCGAGGACUUCGGCCAAGCUUCGGGGGCAAAGGUCAACUGCGGGAAGUCGGAAGUCAUGCUCUUCGGAAAGUGGUUCCUGCCUUCUUCUGCACCCAUACCGUUCAGCCUCAAAGCGGAUUUCAUCAAAAUUCUUGGAGUCUGGUUUGGAGCGGAGGGCGCAGCCCUGAAGUCCUGGGAGGAAAGACUGGCUAAGAUGAGACAGAAGUUUGGACUUUGGAGCAACAGAGUACUUACCAUCGAAGGGAAAACACUGGUACUCCGCAGCGAGAUUCUCCCUGUGUUGCAGUACCUCGCCCAGGCCUGGCCCCCCCCAGGACAACACCUGCAAGGCCAUCACCAGGGCGGUGUUUCACUUCAUCUGGGGCUCCAAAAUGGACAGAGUAAAGCGGACUGUUAUGUUCAAGGAACCUCUCAAGGGCGGACUUUGGUUGACAGAACUGUGGACUCUGGCGGUAACUCCAUGUCCCGUUUUUUCCUCCUGCCUCUUUGGAGGUCUCUUGGAUGGGACAAAUGGGACAGUUCCGUCCCCUACAACUGGGACCCUCCAUGGUAUUACUUGGAUACUUUCAAGUUCAUCAAGGAGCUGGGGCUGCAUGGAGUUAAGCCUGACUUGUGGAAGCCAAAAACUAUCUACAAGUUGAUCAGAGCAUCGGACAUCUUGGAGUCGAUUCCAGGCCUCCCUUCAGCCACUUGCAAAGUGGUUUGGAGGAAUGUUUCUUCAAAGAGACUCAUCAACAGGCACAAAGAUCAGGCAUGGAUGGCAAUCCAAGGGGGAUUGCUACUCAGGACAUUCUUGCAUGCCAGACACCUGGGCAGAUACACGCACUGCCCCUUUUGCAUUAUCCAGGAGGAAACAUCUCAUCAUGUUUUCUGGGAGUGCUGCUGUGUUGCUUUAAGGACGCUUUAUGGUAUGCCAGAAACCGCCGCGUUCACCACCGGCAGAGGAUGUCCAUCGAGGACUGUCGCAGACUGA